UAGAAUGAGGAGGAGCUGUAGUAUAGUUCAGGGGAGUCAGCCAGACAUACAGCAAGUUUGUGGAUCUGGAACAGAGACGCUCAGCAAAACAGAUCAAGACCAUUGCUUGGGAUCUGGAGACUUUCCUCACUCAUUCACUCACUCACUUGACAGCCAUGAGGUGGUGGUGGUCCAUGGUGCUGAGUGUGGUGGUGGUGGUGGCAGUGCAGGGUACAGUGCUGCAGUGUGGGAGGCAGUGUACCUGUAAAGACGAGAAGCAGUCGUAUAAACAUGAAUUCACUGUGGACUGUGACGCUUCGACUCUAGUGGAGGCGACAAUGACGGAGGAGCUACUGGACGUGUCGAGGGACCUUACCAAAAUAGCAUCACCCCAGGCCCUCGUUAGUGUGAAGGGUGGGGUGUCCCUCAACCUCAACAUCACCCUGGCCUUCCUGCAGCGGUGGCGUGAGUUCUCAAUGUCCCACCUGGAUGUGAAUGGCGCAAGCCGUGUUGUCUUCCCACACUCCGUGCCUACACUCAAACAAAAGAAGAGUGAUCACCACUUUGUUGGUAUGAAGCUGACGGGGGUGUCUGUCAGCGAGGUGCCCGCCGGCGUGUUUAGUGGCAAGUUGGCAGCGGGUCUCUCCCUCCAUAACACCUCUGUGGGCCUCCUUCCCGCGGGACUCUUCCGUGGCGUGCCUUCCCUGUAUAACCUCCACAUUCUCAACUCUACGGUGGGGAUGAUUGAGGGGCCGCUGUCAGACGCUGUCCUGGACACCAAGGUGUGGAGAAAAGUGGAGGAGCCCGUGAAGGUUGCUAACUCCACCGUGGGGUUGCUGAGUGGCGGGGCGCUGCACUUCAAGAUGGAGGCCUACCAGAGGAUCACGCUGCAGGAGGUGUCUCUGGGCCGCGUGGACUCUGGUGCAGUGCAGGUGGAAGGCGGCGAGGUGCUGGUGGAGCAGUGUGUGGCGGCGCGUGUGGAGGCCGACGCCAUGCUGCUGGGGGAGAAAACCCGCUUCCAGGUGAAGAACAACUGGUUCGCCCUGCAGCCGCACGCCCUCACGCAGUUGUCGUGCGAACAGGAAGGGCACCGCAUGUACGACAACCACUUCUCUGUGCCCCACAACAACACUGUCAUCCCCGUCAGUCUCACCAUUAACCAAACAGCAGCACCAGCAGGAGCAGAAAUUGAGAAGGAAUUAGCAGAGAGGGAGCGGCUGAUCGCCAUUCUCAGCACGGUCAUUCAUCCUACAUGCAUCUUUUACAACCUCGCCCCGCUGCCCACCCCGGCCCCGUUGCUCACCUCGAUCUUCCUCACGCCGGCCAAGAUAGUGCAGUUCGUCCUCAUCGGCCUCGUCGUGGGGCUAUUAAUAGGCUGCCUCAUCUUCCUCUGCUACAAAUGCUUGAGCCGCCGCCGCCGCCGCCAGGCCCGCUGCGACCAGCCCCUCGGGCAGCAGCCCAUCGUAAUGACCCAAAUCACUCCAGAGCCCAUCUACGAGGAGUGCCUCUCCCCGCCACCCCUGCCAGCCUUCCCCUGCCGCGAGGAGUGCUCCACGCUUCGUGCAGAUAAUGGGAUCAGAAAGAAAACUGUGGAAAACGAAUACAUGAUAAUGGACAGGAGCUAAGGCGUCCCCGCUGCUGCCCACCAGCGUCACCCACGCGGCGAAGCUGUCCAAACACUGAUCUACUAUCUGGCGGUGAUGUCGACUUUCCCACCUCACCACCACCACCACCACAGCAACAGCAGCCAUUCCAGCUGCACUUCAGGUGAACCAGGUCAGGUCAAGUUAAACCAAGAUGAAGUUAUGUCAUAAUGUAAUCUGACGUCUUCUCAAGCGUAUCUAAAGAUUAAAAUAAACACUUUAUGACAACUACACUAAAAAUAAAGAUUGUUUGCGACAACUGUACUCAAGCAGCAGACGUAAGGUAGUAAAGGCGAAGCUCCGUCCCAACCACUCACCGCUAAGGCACCAGUCUCAACACGACUUUCCAAGGCCACACAGAUGAUUGGCCAGGUUUUCAAGUGUUUCUCCUCUCACUAGAACAGUACGUAAGCACACCCUUAAAGGCCUGUUAGUGCCGAGUCAUUAAGGAUCUUUAAAAGAUUAAACAAAUUUAUAGGCAUGUGCUUGUUUUAUACAGGGACUGCCGCGUGUAGGCCUCUUGACGGCUUCUUGUAGCUUCCUUUAUAUUCUUGUGUCCUUCAGUGAAAGCAAGAAAAACUACUCACCUCUUCCCGUCACGAGCUCUAAAGAACAGACGCAAGAAUGACUAUCAACUAAACUUUUCUCCUCCCGUCUCUGCAAAAGGAAUGGACGCAGGACAGCAUUAGUUCAUGACGUCACCUGUGCUACCACUCACAAGGGACAACAAAAAAACCCUGCGAGUUCCUACAUAUCAUGAGCUGAUUUUUCAAAUGUUCGCGGAUCUUGGUUAUUAUAUUAUCAUAAUCUUUAUUGAGAUACGAAGCUUCCGACUUAGGAGAAAAUACAUGACUAUACUCUCUCAUCAGGAUGGCUAAGCUAGACCGUCAUUUAAAGGCCAGUUCAAACUUUAUACUAAGGGCUGUCUGUAUGUUAAGACACAUACAGGGUCUCUUUCAUGUCCUAAGUUCAGUGUAGUAUUAAGGUUAUAUUUGGCGGUGGUCAGGCUUCAUUUAGAUCGUGCUGUGUAGUUCUUUUGUCCCCAUAGUGUGUGUGUGUGUGUGUGUGUGUGUUUUUCCCCGCUUAUUUUUUCAAUGUGCCCAUUAAAAACUGCUUACUAAGAGGUGUUUAUCAACAUUAUUUAUUGACUGUCAAACUAUAUACACAAAUGACAAGCAUUUUAAAGUGUUUAAGUGUCUGAGAAUAUAGGUCUAUUAAAAUCAGUACAAAGGAGAUGACUAAAAGGAUGCAGGGUGUGAGGGGCAUUCCUUACCAAAGAAGUUUUAGUAGGCUAAUAUUUCUCGUGUAGAGAAAAAAAAAUAUAUUGUCAUGCCUAACAUAAUUUAGUCAAACAAAUAAAUAGAUGAAUAAUUAAAUAAAUAGGCAAAUCAAAUACAAA